UUUGGAUGCGUGAUAUAAUCGCAGCCCAGUCUGGGAGACCACAGUGUAAUAACACAUUGGCACUGAGCAAUGAUGGAGGCCGGUAACUCGACCAUGAAUGAUGAGAAAAAUGCGGCUUUGAUAACCUCGGGUGAACAAGUGACCCCCAGGGAGACGCAUGUGACAAGACCCACAUGGAGCGGGCGGAUUGAGUUCAUCCUGGCCACUGUGGGCUACGCGGUGGGGCUUGGUAAUGUCUGGAGGUUCCCCUACCUGUGCUACAGCAGCGGUGGAGGGGCGUUUUUGAUCCCGUAUCUCACCAUGUUAUUCUUGUGCGGCAUCCCUCUGCUUCUCAUGGAGUUUGCCAUCGGCCAGUUCACUCACCUAGGGCCAGUGCAUGCUCUUGCCAAAGUCUGCCCACUACUAAAAGGUGUUGGCCUGGCCACAGUUGUGAUUUCCUAUGUCUUCUGCACCUACUACAAUGUGCUCAUGAGUUGGGCCCUUUUCUAUUUGGUAAACUCCUUUGGCGCAACACCUCCUUGGAAGACGUGCAACAACAGCUGGAAUGUUUUUGAGAACUGCUCUAGUGGUUUUCCUGGCAACACCACUCAUCUGCAGUCAGCCAGCCAGCAGUUCUUUGAUCACAGGCUUCUGAAGAAAACCGAUGGCAUUGAAGAUGCUGGUGGUCUUCAGUGGGAACUCUUCGGCUAUCUCUUUCUUGCCUGGGUCAUUGUGUAUUUAUGCAUUUUUAAAGGAGUCAAAUCAACUGGCAAGGUUGUGUAUUUCACGGCUAUUUUUCCAUACUUCAUCCUGUUCGCCCUGCUCAUUAACAAUAUGCAGCUACCAGGUGCCAAGAAUGGUGUCCUGUACUUUGUGACGCCUGUCUGGAGCAAACUUUUUGAAGUGAAGGUGUGGGUUAAAGCAGCUGCCCAAGUUUUUAAUUCCCUCGGGAUUGCUUUUGGCUCCAUGAUUUCGAUGGCUAGUUACAACAAGUUCAACAACAACAUUGUCAGAGAUGCGUUGAUCGUUUCAUUCACCAACUCAUUCACGAGCAUCCUGGCAGGCUUUGUGAUCUUCUCAGCGAUUGGCUACAUGGCUCACAUACAUAAUCUCCCUAUGGACAAGAUAUCAACAGAUGGUCCUGGCCUUGUAUUUGUCGUGUACCCUGAAGUCCUCUCCACAAUGCCUGCCUUUCAGCUGUGGGCUCCUCUCUUCUUCUUUAUGCUGCUCUGUCUUGGCCUGGACAGCCAGUUUGCCACAGUUGAAGUUGCUCUGACCUUCAUAAAAGAUGAAUUUGGCCCCCAAGUUCUGCGCUUUCUCAAGAGAGAAGAGCUGCUGGCCCUGAUUGUGUGCAUUGUCAGCUUUCUUCUCGGCCUUCCACACGUUACUAAGGGAGGUAUAUAUGUGUUUCAGCUGAUGGACCACUACACAGCUGUGGUGUCCCUUAUGUUCCUGGCUUUCUUUGAAGUUAUAGCAGUCUGCUGGUUCUUUGGUGUCCCUCGCAUCUGUUGUAUCAUUGAGAGGAUGCUAGGGAAAUCUGUGAACUUCUACUUUCGCAUCUGCUGGUUCCUUCUCUGUCCCUUGUUGGUGCUGUGCAUACUGGUGUCCAGUAUUAUCCAGUACACCCCUGUUCAGUAUGGACCGUAUAAGUACCCAUUGUGGGCUGAAUGGGUGGGCUGGGGCGUCUCACUGGUCUCUCUUAUCUGGAUCCCAAUUGGUGCUAUUCACGAGAUCUGUAACAACAAAGGGUCUUUCCUCUCGAGACUUACAACAGCCAUGACUACCACUGUAGAGCUGGAUAAUGAGGAUCCUCUGCCUGAAAAACAGAACGUUGCCGACCCAUUGGUUGAAACAUCAACUGUAUGACCACAACGAAACACUCUGUACACACUGUAGUAGUUUAUUUUUUUAAAUGAGGGAACAAAAAGUGUACCUGAGACACUAAUUAGGACUGUGUAAUAUAUCCAUCCAUUUUCGAAGCUGAGUAUCCUCACUAGGGUCGCGGGGCUAUGCUGGAGCCAUUCCCAGUUGGCUUUGGUCGAGGGGUGGGGUACACCCUGGACUGGUGCUGUGUGGUAAAGUAGUUAUAAUUGUAACUGAUAGCAUAGUGGUACACACAGCUGACCUUUGUGCAGCCAGCGUGGGAUUGAUUUACGUUCGGUAACUAGAUAUGAGUGAGAGCGUGAAUGGUUGCUUGUCCAUAUGUGGCCUGUGAUUGUCUACCGACCAGUCUAGGGUGUACCCCGCCUCUCUCCAGAAUGCACCAGCUUCACUGGUAGAAAAUUAACAAAUAAAUACAAAAUUAUUUGAUAUAAUUCUUUCAAAAUAACUAUGUUUACUCUACACACUUUAACUUAACAAAUCGACCUAUAGUGUGUGAAAUCACCAGUUUGGAAAGCAAAUGAAUAAAUAGAAAGUGAGUGCUGGGGAAUGCAAAUCUUUUGUCAUUUGAUUUCCUUGACAUUCCUGGAACAGCAUCAACAGUAAAUACUUUGUUGUAGGCUGUCAUGCAUAAGUAGUGUUUUCACCAACGCAUCACACACUUUUAAGCUUGCGCUAGAGUGUUCUCGAGGUUGCAAUGCCUUGGGAUACAACUAGACAAAUUGGUUAAUCUUCAGGGAAGUUACACGUCACUUGUUUGAUCCGCAAAAGUUGACUCGAGGCAACAGGACUCUGAAUCAGUUUCUUGAAGGCAUUUUACCUUCAAUCCGAAAAGCUUCUUGAGCUCUACAUUUUUUCGGUGUGGAGUUGUAAUAUUUCUGUUGGGUGUGUCCCCUGGAGGUGGUCAUAAUAAGGUUGUUGUUUUCUGGCAAGGCUGGUGAAUGACAGUCUUGCAUAACACAAAACUACUUGUUAGUGGCCAGUCUUCCCGUGGAAUGAGACAAUGUUUGGAGGAGAGAUGUCAGUACAUUGUCAUAAGCAAACAAUAUGUGAUGGUGCAAACUUUCUCUGUUUAGAGAGGGCCUUUCUUUUUGACAUUGAUGGCUUCUUUCGCACCUCUUUCAAACCAGCCGUGAGUGGUAGCAAUGAGCGACAAUGAGUGACAGCUGUGCACGCCAAUCUUCUUAUUCCGGUCGAACAACAUUUUUGCAAAGUUUAACUUUGAUGAGUGAAAAAUGUAGACAUUUCUUUAUUCAAUCUGUUCUUUUGAAUCACUAUUGAUAACAUAUGGCAGCCGCUGGUGUUCUUAUAUUUUUUGGUUGAAAAAGGUUUAGUUUGGAGCCAAAGAAGAACAACACCAGUAACAGAGGAGGAGGUCCGCACCAUCACUUCUGUCUGCUUACAAUAUCAAUGUCAAUAUCUUUCCAUCAAAGAUUUUCUCACUCCACAGGAAGAGCGGCCACUAGUUGUUUUGCCACCAGUCAAGUGAACGACCUAUUGUUAUGCAGGACGGUCGGUCAACAGCUACGCAGGGAAACAUCAACAAAAACAACCCUAUCGUGUCCACCACCAGGGGACACACACACCACAGACAUAUAAAGGGUGACUCCACACCUGCAGUUGUAGAAUUGAGGAAGCCUUUUGGUUUAACGGUGAAAUGUCUUCAACAAACAUGGAGAGUCCAGUUGUCUCGAUUCAGCGUUUGCAUAUUACCAUUAACUGGAUGACUGAGAAUCUACACAGAUAUAUCAAUUGUGUUGUAACUUCAUGUCUGCGUUUGAUAGCUUACUGACCCGAUACUAACUGUUAAUCGCUGACUCGGAGGGGAAAGCCAAAACAUAAGUUAUGAUUUAACUUUGAGAUGACAAACUUGUGUGAAAUAUCAUGUUUUUCUAUUAAAUUACAAUGCGUGGAACAUUGGAGGCCAAAAAUAAUUGAUGUAGCUGGACAUGUUGCACAAGUUUAAAAUGUCAUGGCACUGGCAUGUGCAUGGGAGUUUGCCCCACCGGUGUGCUUUGUGGCCUUGGAAAAGGCAUUCGACCGUGUCCCUAGCUUGCGGUGUCUUGUUGGGGUUUCUCCAGGAGUACAGGGUUCAUGGUGCACUACUAUGUGCCAUUUGGUCCUUGUACAACCGGAGUAAGAGCCUGGUUCGCAUUGCCAGCAGUAAGGCAAGCCUGUUCCCGACUGGCCUUUGUCACUGAUUCUAUUCAUAAUUUUUAUGGACAGAAUUUCUAGGCACAGCAAAGGCGUCAAGGGAGUCCAGUUUGGAGGCCUUAGGAUCUCGUCUCUAUAUUUGCAGACGAUGUGGUCCUGAUGGUCUCAAGCUGUGACCUUCAGCGUUUACUGGGGCGAUUUGCAGCUGAGUGUGACGCUUCUGGGAUGAGACUCAGCACCUCCAAAUCCGACUGCACCCUUAGGGUUGGGAGUGAGGUCUUUGCCCCAGGUGGUGGAGUCGAAGUAUCUUGCGGUCUUGCUCACUAGUGAGGGAAGGUUGGAACGUGAGGUCGACAGCCGGAUCGGCACAUUGUGUGCAGUAAUGCGAUCCCUGUACCAGACCGUCUUUCAAUUUACUGGUCUAUCUAUGAUCCUACCCUCACCUAUGGUCAUGAGCUUUGGGUCAUGACCGAAAGAACGCGAUUGCAGAUACAAAUAGCCAAAAUGAGUUUCCUCACCCUAUCUCAUAGGGUGGCUAGACUCACCAGCUCUGUCACCCAGGAGGAGCUUAGACUAGAGCCGCUAGACAUGUCUCAGGGAACGUCUCGGUGUCCUCCCAGUGGGACCGAAAGAGGUGGCCGGGAACCAGGAAGUCUGGACUUCCCUACUGAGACUGUUGUCCCCAUGACCCGGACCCAGAUAAGUGGAAGAAAUGGAUGGAUGGAUGUUUGAUUCAAUAUAGGAAUUAGAUCUUUUUUGCAUUUUUGAAUUUAUGUGUACACUUUUUUGGAGGGCUCCUCCAUGACACAUCGUCACUAUUUCACAAAUUGUGAAAUAGUGCAUAUACUGUAUGUGUUACAACACAAGGAGGUUAGAUACGUGUCAGGAAAGAAUUAACUUGAAAACUGUGGAAGGUGACGCUGUUGUCCCAUCACUGAUACGCAUGGAGGAAAAGCAGUUACAUAUUCCAAAAGCUACCUUAACCGUCUUACAUUAAACAUCAGAUAAAAUUGGUAGGGUUGUUGUUUCAACAUAAGACAUACAGUAAUCUCUGAAAUGUAACCUCAGUUUUGAACAUUUUGGAAAACAUCAAAUUCUAAAUGUUGAAGCAAUAUUCUUAUAUGCUUAGAUUUAUUUAUCAAUCAAACUUACAUUUAGUUGUAAUUUAUUUGCUUUAAUUCGACAAAUCCUUUUAAUCGUGGACCAUGUUAUAAACUAGCAGUUUUAAGUUAACAAACAAAAAAAAACAAUUGAAUUAACUCAACACAACUACAGUAACAGUGCAAACAACCACUGUUCUUUUUUUUUUUUUUAAUCAGCCAUCUGCUGUACAUUAUGAAAAUAAAUACAAUUUGCAAGGGGGGUUGAAUUUUUUUUUUGUUGUUGCUUUUCCAAGCCAUAGUCUUGAGUUUGUCUUUGCAUGUAGAGUAAAUGUUAUUUUUUUACAUUGUUGAUUUUACAUGCAUAAUUUCUACCAGCAGAGGGUGCUACAAUAUACUUUAUAUAAACAUUUGCAACUUGUCUUUUGUACUGUGUUUGAUAUCAUGCACUCUGCCUUAUUGCAACUUUUUGUAUGACAUUGUGCACAACAUAUAUGCCUUUUUCUAUACACAUUUUCACAUUAACUUUAACAUGUAAAUUAGGUUUUAAUGCAACUUUAAUCAUUUUUUAUGUUGUAAACAUGUACUUCUUCUCAUUUAUAUCUUAAAAAGGGGACCUAUUACGCUUUUCCUCUUUUCUGACCUAUAAAUGUUGUUACAAUUUUGUAUUCUUGUGUUAAACGAUGUUAACGCGUCAGGUAAUGCAGUUUGCGCAUUUGGAAGUGAGACCUGAAAGCAGUUUUGGACUUUUCUGCACGCUGUGUUUUACAGAGUUUUUUUUAAACACAGAGUUCCAUUGACGUCAGUGCAACCCGGGCAUCCUUAUAUGGACAUGCCCAGGGAAACGCUGUAGGCCUGCCCGCCACCCGCUCUGCUCUGUUUACUGUGUUGGCUCUUAUAGCUCCCAGGAAAUGUUUCUUUGGGUGUGCCUAAAGAGGCAAGCAUCAGGCAGAAGUGGUUGGAGUUGCUGAUUCCUGCCAGCAAGAGGAAAAUAUGCUCUGUCAACGCCAUUUCACACGGGACUGUUUUGUGAUCAUGGCCCAAUACGAAGCUGGACUAUCCGCCAAACUGUUGCUGAAGUCCAACCCCUUUCCAAUGUUAUUUGGUCGUGUCACAACAGCAAUCUCUAAGUAAAAAUAUAUCAGUGUCCUAACAGUGUUUUGUGUAAGGAAUCAGAAAAAAGGGGUUCGGCAGCUGUCAGGAAGGCCUCAGGAGCGCUUGGGAGUGUGACCAAUCACAGCGGAGUGAGCUCAGCGGGAAACAUACCUGGAGGAGAGCCGGGGGUGGAGUAAAUUCCACAGAGGAAGGUGCAGGAAGAGGUGCAGAGUCUGGAAGAUCUCGAAAGCUUAAUGUGCGGGUUAUCGUGUGUAAGCUGCUCUAUAGGAGUCCAGAACUCAAUACAAUGGCCCGAAAAUGAGCAUAAUAGGUCCCCUUUAAGCUCAUGUGUGC